CAGCCCAUGUAAAGGAUGAGAGGAGAGAAGCUGUUGUUGCCCAUGAUAUUAAUGUCUUUACAGACGUUAUAUGGACAGCACUUGGCAGAGGAGUCCUGCACUGUUCAGAUCCUGGUUCCUGGACUCAAAGGAGAACCAGGAGAGAAAGGACAAAAAGGAGCACCAGGGAGACCAGGAAGAGUUGGCCCACCUGGAGAGAUUGGUCAACCUGGGCUGAAAGGUCAGAAAGGCAUAAUGGGACGUUAUGGAAAAGUGGGCCCAAGUGGGAUGAAAGGGGUAAAAGGAGACAUGGGGGAUCCAGGUCCGAGGGGCCCUAAUGGAGAUCCAGGUGUUCCAUGUGAAUGCAUGCCAAUGAGAAAGAUGAUUGGAGAAAUGGACAUUCUUGUGGCCCAGCUCUCCUCUGAGCUGAAAUUCAUUAAAAAUGCUGUUGCUGGCAUAAAAGAGACAGACAGUAAGGUCUAUCUGUUGGUGAAGGAGGAGAAGCGCUACUCCGACGCAGAGGUCUACUGUCAGACGAGGGGAGGGCACCUGGCCAUGCCCAAGGAUGAGGGAGCCAACGCGGCCAUCGCAGGGUACAUAACCGAAGCAGGCCUGAACAGAGUCUACAUUGGCAUUCAUGACCUGCACCGUGAGGGCGUUUUCACCUACGUGGAUCUCUCUCCCAUGACCACUUUCAGCAAGUGGAGAAAAGGAGAGCCCAACAAUGCCUACGAUGAUGAGGACUGUGCUGAGAUGAUGGCCUCUGGGGAGUGGACAGAUGUGGCGUGUCACCCUACCAUGUAUUUUGUUUGUGAAUUUGACAAGGACAGUGUCUAGGUUCAGCCUAUGUUAGUCCUCCUCCACUCAAAAAUAUGUUUUUCUUCUUGUUCCUACAGUUGGAUGUUUUAGAUCCACUGUGCAGAAUGAUGUAGGUGCAGAGUUUGAUACAACAAUGAUUCACAUUCAUCUGCUGAAAGUGGAAAGUUUCUCUGUGCUCAUCAAAAAUCAGAUUUUUUAAGGGGCGGGACCUAAAAGCAUGAUUUGUUACAUCACAAAUCACCUGGAAGUUAGUCCUGGUCCAAUUUGAGUGUAAGAAACUUGAAGCACAAACACUGUAAAUUGACUUUACAGUGAAGUAGGAGACAUCUUGCAGGAAAUCUUUAGAA